AUGUCAGACCUCUGCGUUGGAAUCAAUGGCUUUGGCCGCAUUGGCCGUCUGGUUUUGAGGGCUUGCCUUCAGAAGGGAAUCAAGGUUGUAGCCAUCAACGACCCUUUCAUUGACCUCCAGUACAUGGUCUACAUGUUCAAGUAUGACUCCACACACGGCCGCCACAAAGGAGAAGUCUACCACGACGGCACAAAGCUGUUUGUGGACGGUCAGGGCAUCAGUGUGUUUCAGCAUCGUGUUCCAGCCGAAAUCCCUUGGGGUCAAGCUGGGGCCAAGUACGUUGUUGAGUCCACUGGUGUGUUCCUGAGUGUGGACAAGGCCUCUGCUCACAUCCAGGGUGGAGCUCAGCGUGUGGUCGUGUCUGCCCCCUCUCCUGAUGCCCCCAUGUUUGUCAUGGGCGUAAACGAGGACAAAUAUGACCCCUCCUCUAUGACCAUUGUCAGCAAUGCCUCUUGCACCACCAACUGCCUGGCUCCUCUGGCUAAAGUGAUCCACGAUAACUUUGGCAUUGAGGAGGCUCUUAUGACCACAGUCCAUGCAUACACAGCCACUCAGAAGACCGUGGAUGGGCCCAGUGGAAAGGCGUGGCGUGACGGGCGUGGAGCCGCACAGAACAUCAUCCCUGCCUCCACUGGAGCUGCCAAAGCUGUCGGCAAAGUCAUCCCCGAACUCAACGGAAAGCUGACCGGCAUGGCGUUCCGAGUGCCAGUGGCCGACGUGUCAGUGGUGGACCUGACCUGCCGUCUGACCAAAGGUGCGUCCUACGGUGAGAUCAAAGAGGCGGUGAAGAAGGCCGCCCACGGGCCUCUGAAGGGAUUCCUGGGAUACACCGAUGACCAGGUGGUGUCCUCUGACUUCAUUGGUGACACUCACUCCUCCAUCUUUGAUGCUGGUGCUGGAAUCUCUCUCAAUGAUAACUUUGUCAAACUUAUUACUUGGUACGAUAAUGAGUUUGGCUACAGCCACCGUGUCGCUGACCUGAUGCUCUACAUGUAUUCAAAAGAGUAG